AUGUUCGGCCAACUGAGGUGGCGGGUCAAUGGGACCUUCCAGCAAAAGAAUACUGACCGCGGGCCAAAGCUGAAUAAGCGCUGCGAGGUCAUGUGCCGUUUGUACUCUGAAGAAUGCGAGGACGUCAAGAAUAAGGUUGAAAGGAGAUACCAAAAGGCAAAGGCAAAGUAUGCAAAAGCACGUCUACGCCAGAAGUCGGGGAAGAUGCCAAAAAAUGACGACGCAACCAAGAUUAAGGCUAUCCGUGAGCUUGGUCCUAUGCUUGAUCGGAUCCUGAAGUACCUUGCACAUGCCACGGGUGGGUGGAAGUUCACGAUCCUUAUGGGAGGGAAGGAUCCUAGCACUGGAGAGGUGUCUGUGUUCAACUAUCAUAUUGGCGAACUUGAGAGUGGGGCGCAGUUUGAUCAGACUUACGCCAAUUUUGAUGCGGUGCAGGGUGCAUUCCUAGCCUUCGUCAAAGAUGCUCUCGCAUUUGAGUCGACACUGCCCCAAGACUCAGAUGCUGAGGAAGCAGAAGAUUCAUCAUCAGACUCGCAUGACGGUUCAGAUGAGGAGUGGGCGACAAUGAGUGGCAGUGAGCAUGGUGGUUGUCAUGUGGAAGAAGAGGACUUGGAUGAUCUCCUACCAAACAGUGCCCAUCAAAUCAACACUGCGGGCAUGUACCGGAUGACUCCUCAGUCUGAGUCAUCCAUCGAAGACGAUUUUGGCGCCGCCAUAGCAUCAACUGAUGCAUCACUUCCAUCAUUUUGGACGCUCUCCCCGAAGCCCCCCCCCCUUCAAUUCAAUCCAUAUCCUGAAGUCUUUAUCCCUCCAGCUCCUCGCACUGAUGAUGCAUCAUCUACACAAUAUCCUGAAGUUUUUAUCCCUCCGGUUCCUCGCGUUGAUGAUACAUCAUCCAUCCAACAUCCCCAAGUCUUUAUCCCUCCAGCUCCUCACGCCCAUGAUGCAUCAUCUACUCAAUAUCCCGAAGUCUUUAUCCCUCCAGCUCCUCUGGCUCCUCCGGCUCCUCCUGCUGAUGAUGCAUCAUCUGCCCAAUAUUCGCAAGUCGUUAUCCCUCCGGCUCCUCAUGCCGAUGUUGAAAAUAUGGGAACACCCAAUGAAUCUGAUGGUGCUGGCGCGGCACCAACUUCAGCAGUCCAAGCUGGAGCUCAGCGUCGUUGUGGAAGGCGCACACCACAACAUUCACAACUGACCAUGCCCACUUCCUCGGCAGAUGAGAUCCAACCACUCCCAGAUGGGCAUCGCCGAAUGCGCAAACCCUUCAAUGCAAGAGAACGUGACCACGAUAUUGGCGGGCCAACAAAGCGUGCUCGGCAUAAAUAA